CGCGCUGAUCGCACUCGAGCUUCCGAGACAGUCCGGCACCGAUUGACGUCACGCAUAGAGGCGGUCAGAGCGGCCAAGAUGGUUGCCAAUGUUGAUGAGUUGUUUGGUUAUACGGCGGAGCGGUAACGAUAAAGGACUGGGCGGGGGUGUUGACCGUGGUUGGUGUUAUGCCUGUAAAGUGAAAGCCCGUACCGAUGAGAAACCGCGUGUUGGGUUGGCUGUUGCGCGAGGAAUGGAUCCCUUUAAGGACGUGGAGAGGGUACGGUGUACCCUGGAAGUCACGCAAACCACGAUUAACUUAACCGCCCAGCAGCUCGACGACCUGCGGGUCCGGUGCUCCGUCGCCUCGCCACUGACCCAGCAGGAAAUCAGGAUUCUGGAGGUGAAAUUAAUAAUAUUAUUCUGCAGACAAAUUGUGGCAAGGAGUAGGUUUCCCAGACCGCCGCCAGACAUAAUGAAAUAUCCAUCAUUACCACUGUGGUUGCAGGUAGUUGGUAUCAGUGUUCGAUCAGCUAAGCUGGUUUGUUCCAAAGUUUGGAAUUUCGAUGAUAUGAAAGAGAAGUCCGAACGUGACAUACGGAAUAUGUUCAAUGACCGCAAAUACUACGAAGAAGACUGUCAUAGGCUUUGUAGAGCACAGAACAGUUUAUGGCGAUACCUGGCUAUUCUGAGAAGAGGAGAGAAGAGGUCUAAUAUAAAGUAUGAUUUCUACUGGGAUUCUUGGAAGACUCGUGAUUUGCCCAAGAAAAUUAAAAAAUCUAAGCCAUCUAAGCCAUCUAAGUCGUCUAAGUCGUCUAAGCGAUUUAAAUCUCGUGCGUCGUACGCCAUUCCACACAGAACUAAAGUUAGCAUUCCACGUCGUAACUACCGUGAUCUAUUAGUACCUUCUACAUCUGUGGAAGUAGGUAAAAAACCUGCCCGCAUAUCUUCAAUACUAAAGAAAAAAUAUGAUAUUCCAUUUCUAGCCAAACCUCCUCCAUGUAAAGAACCAGUAAUUAGUAUGCCAAGUAAACGAUCACCAUCUAAAGUGUUUUCGUUAGCCAAGUUAAGAGCUCGUAAAGCACAAUUGUCAUGUUAUCCUCUUAAGAAACAACAUGAUGAUGAUGAUGAUGAUGAUGAUGAUGAUGAUGAUGAUAAUCGUGGUGGUACACGUGGUAGUACACGUGGUGGUACACGUAGUGGUAUACGGGGUGGUAUACGCAGUGGUAUACGCAGUGGUAUAUGCGGUGGUAUACGUGGUGGCAAAGGAAGAAAAGGAAGAAAGGAUGAAGAAGAUGAUACGACAUCAUCUAGCGAUGACUCUUCUACAGAGAACAAGAGUAUUUCUACUGUGAGAAGAAUUCUGCCAAGAAAAAAUUUAGAUCGUAGUUCAUUAAUGGAUUCUGAAAAAGGAGAAAGUUCCUCAUACAGUUUUCCUAUUAAACCACUUCCUAUUAAAUUACCUGGUAAAUCUUGUCUUAAAACAUCUGUUGGAUCAUCUGUUAAACCAUAUGUCAAACCAUACACAUCUGUUAAACUACCUGGUGUAUCAACUGCUAAAACACCUGUUAAAUCAAUUGCUAAAUCACCUGUUAAAUCAACUGCUAAAUCACCUGUUAAAUCAACUGCUAAAUCACCUGUUAAAUCAACUGCUAAAUCACCUGUUAAAUCUUCUACUAAAACGCCUAUUAAAUCAUCUAUUAAGUCACUUUUUAAAGCACCACCACCACCACCGAUUUGUACUAAAAAUCCAGAAAAUGACGAAGAAACAAAUUCUGACGCGCCAUCUCCAUGUACUUCGUCUCCUGGCAUAAGUCAUGUAAUUACUCAUCGCUUUACAAGAUCUUUUAAUGUAAUGACAGUAUGUGACUAUUGCGACAAACCGAUGUAUAUGAACACUUUAAAAUGCAAGGAAUGUAAAUAUAGAUGCCACCGGGAAUGUGGAAUCAAAGCACCUCCUUCUUGUGGCCUACCUCGGAAUCUCUUUGCUCAGUUUAAAAAAGAAUUUAAGGAGGGUAAGAAGAAGGUUUCCCCAGUAUUAAAGACGUCGUCUGUCGAGAUACCUGUGUCUAAUGUAAAUUUAUUGUCUCCUUUAAGUGUGCCUCUCAGAGAGGCAUACAGGAGACUGUCAUAUACACAAUCUUCUACGAAUAUUUACUCACCGAAUCAGAGCGAAUGUAGUUUAACUAGCUUGAGAUUGAACCGCUCAACACCUUCUAGUCCAGCAUUACUAUCAACCACUAGCCACAAUACACACGCGUUCUUAAAACAGUUUCAUUUUCCAGAUGUACUGAUUAGAAAGGAGACAUCUUCUGAAAAACUGCAUGAUAUGAGAUUACAUGAAGAUUCUGAGAAAUCUGAAUCAGUGAUUUCGUCACUGAGAAGAAGAAGUGAAAUAUAUGCCACGAUUGAAGACAGACUGCUAGGUAUAAGUAUAGAUAAUAUCUCAGAUUCAUGUGGGAACAGUUGUACUUCUUCUCAGGAAUGGUUAUGCUCUGAAACCGAAAUGCGAUAUAGAGGUAGAAGAUGGGAAGAGUUUAUGAGAAAAUGGCACAUUUCAUACCAAGCCAUAACAAUUAAAGAUGUGAUAGGGAAAGGAAGAUAUGGUACAGUAUACAGAGGUUUUUGGUAUGGAGAUAUUGCAAUUAAAGUUUUAAAUGUGAAUUAUCUAACCCAAGACAGGAAGUUAAUACGAAAAUUAGAAAAACUCAGAACAGAGAUAGCCUCGUGCCGAAUAGCUCGACAUGACAAUUUGAUAAUAUUUUUGGGGAUUUGUAUAAGACCUCCUCAAUUGGCUCUAGUGACUAGUUUUUCUACAGGCAAAACACUUUACACAUGUCUUCAUGUACAAGAAAACAAAUUUACUUUAGAUGAAAUUAUUGCUAUCGCUCAACAAAUUUGUCAGGGUAUGACAUUUCUUCAUUCUCGUAAAGUCGUACACAAGGAUCUUAGGAGCAAGAACAUAUUUCUAGAAUGUGGUAACGUUUUGAUAUCAGAUUAUGGUCUAUUAAAUAUUACCAGACUGUCCACUGGAAAUCGGAAACACAGCGGCACAUUAGUUAUACCACAAGGUUGGUUGAGUUACUUAGCACCUGAGAUUAUUCGACAACUAAGCGCACACAAACCAAUUGAGACCAAGUUACCACAUUCAGCUAGUGCUGACGUAUAUUCGUUUGGGACUCUCUGGUAUGAAUUAUUAUGUGGUGAAUGGCCCUUUAGAAGGCAACCUCUUGAAGCUAUCAUUUGGCAAGUUGGAAAAGGAAUGAAACAAUCUUUAGCAAAUUUGCAAACUUCCCGUGAAGUAAAGGAUAUUCUAAUGCAUUGCUGGGCAUACCAUCCGACAAGACGUUCUAGCUUUAAACGGAUAAUAGCUUUACUGAAAAGGCUGCCUCGCAAAAACUUAGAUCGUAGUUCCUCCAAUCCAGCAAGUACUACUCGUGCUGCGGAAGCUAUGUUUUAAAUACAUAUAAGUUUAAAUAUGCUGUUGUUCUUGUAUUGUACAUAAAUAUACAAUUAUUGCCCGAUCUUUGUUCAAGAAAAGUAAAAUAAAAAAAAUCAUUAAA